UAGUUAAAUAAACAAGGAAUCCCCUCGGACAAAAAUAACCUUUUCGCGAGGAUGCACAAGAUAAAUUUAAGACAGAAGAAACUGUUGGCUUGGCAAUAUAUGGGAGUCAAAAUCCUAAAGUAAAACAGAUCAGCUUACAUGCUACUGCUUCUGAUUGGCCAGCGAUGGUUGAUAUCACUGCAAAGUUAAUUUGGUAUCGGCUUGGGGAGACUUUCGACAAAAUGGCGGAAGGAGGCAAUAGAGUUACGUCGUGGUUGUUUUCAGAUUGGGACGACAAUUUGUUGGAUGUUUUACUCUUUGGGUGGAUAGGAUGGGCAGUUUUAGUCGUUCUAGUGGUCAAUGCCGUUUUGACAUUUUUCGGACCUCUUCAGCCGCGUGUGGCACGCUGGGAAAAGAAGGAAGGGGUUAGUGGGGCACCAGUGGAAGUGGAAACUGGUGCUGAAUCAACCAGAUGGCUUAACUCGGGAUUAAAUUGGUUCUAUCUCCAUUAUGAUUCUGUGCCGGAAUUUAUAGAAUUAUGGGUGAAAUCUUUGAAUGAGCAAGUUGUGAAGUUAGGGGGUCCAGUACAGUUGAAGUUUGAGAGAGUAAAGCCUGGAAGCCUCCCGCCAAAAUUUAACGAAAUUACAUUUGAAGCAGGAUCAGAUAACAAAUAUUUAUUUCACAGUAAAGUUGAUGCCAAAGAUUUAUCAUUUGCUAUAUUUGCAUCCCAACAAACAUCAGGAGGGGUCAAACUGACCAACUUGACCGCUAAUAUACUCAAGCUCAAAGGAACAAUCUGUUUUAAAUGCUCAAAAGUUGGAAGUGAUAUGAUACUGAACAUCUCAUUUAUUGGACGACCUGAUAUCAAAGUUCAAGGGAAGCCAGUAAAUCCAUACCAGGAUCCAUCAGACUUGGUAGAUAUUGAGGUCGUAGAAGAAGUUGUACGUAACGCCAUUUGUCUUGCCAACACUGAUAUUAACAUCACUAAGUGGUUGACAGGCUCUACUCAGAAUCUCCCCCGCCCAGACACCUCAUCCCAACCCUCCAGCCCACGCCAUGCUGCAGAACCUGUGUUUGAAUCAAUGGAAGCCAAGGAACAACACAGUGCUUUCCAUGCUCCACCACAACAGCGAGUGCAACGAUCCAUGUCCGGCGAUAAAAGGUUACUGGUUAAAAUUAUCAAAGCUAGUGGACUUGGAUCAAAAGCACAAGUUGACCCUACCUGUUUGGUUUACCUGGACACACCUGCUCAGACUUAUUCAACCAAUGAAUGUAGAGGAACUGCCAACCCUUUCUGGGACGAACAGUUCUUGUUUGAUGUCAAUCAGAAUUCCAGCCAGCUGAAGUUUGAAGUACUUGACAGACGCAAGCCAACAACAGAGAAUUUUCUCGGAGAGGCAGUUGUAUACUAUGAUGAGUUGAAGAGAAAUCCAAGCAGUCGCCAAAUCAUAUCAUUACAAGGACGUCCUGAAAGAGGAAAUGAUAUUGUCUCAGGUUCCAUAACUGUGGAGUUUCUUGUGUUGGACCCGUUAGAAGCUGAGGCCUACAACUAUUCAACUCCCAAAAAUCAGAUUUCCCCCAAAAGAACAAUAGAAGUAACACAGGCUAAAUCUCCAAGUGGUAUGUUAGUUACCAAGACAACAACAACCACUCAAAAACAUAACAACAGACAUGAACCAGGUUUAAAUAGUUCGCCAAAUUAUGUAGAAAAACGUCAGAAUUUUGAUUAUGAUAUAUCAGGAUCUUCCAGCCUGGAUAGAACAUCACCAGAUAAUAUGUUACCCCAGGACAGAUCUUUAUCACAGUCUUCUGAGUUUGUUCAGAUAGAUGGUGUAGACUCAGUUGUAGAAACUGCCAUUAGAGAACUUAAAAGUAACAAACGUAAAUCUCGAACACCUACAAAGACAACAACACUUAUUAUUACAGGUGUACAGAGGACCCCAGAACAGUUAGAUGAUGAUUGUAUACCUACAGUUAUAACACAACCACCAUCACCAGGGCAUCAUGAUAGACCAGAAAAAAAGAAAGGGUCUACUUUUGCCGGUAGAAUUAAGAAGAAAUUUACUCGUUCCAAGAAACGCUCUCAGAGUGCAGAUAGAGCUGGUGGUUCCCUCCGAGAGGGUUCCAACUAUCUCCAGCCACCAGAGGGCAGCACCUCUCCACGUUCUAAAGAUGAUAUGGAACUAGGCAGACAAGAAAACCCAGGAACACCUAAUCUAAAGAAAUCAAGAUCGUUAGGUGGUAGUUUAAAGAAACUUUUUAGGAGAAGUAGAAAACGCUCUCAAGGAAGAGAGGAUCAAGAAAUGUCAAGGGAGAGUUCAUUAUCUAGGUCAUCUGCAAGAAAUAUAUCUAAGGGUCCAUCACGGGAAACGUCAUUAACAAGGACUGGACAAUCAUCAAGAGAGUCUGCUAUAUCUUAACUUGUUCAUUAUAGAUCUAGAUGUAAUUAAUUAUCUCACAGCUUUAAUAUCUCAAAGAGUCAACUAAAGCUUUAAAAUGUCUAGUCAUCCUCAUGAGAGAAUGGCUAUUUAUAAGUUGAUUGAGAAAUGGUCCUUUAAAAAGGAGAGCUCAGUCAGGAAAGAUAAAUUUGAUUUCUCAAUUAUAAUUUCAGAUACGUAGCUUAAGAGUUAUUGAAAAAGUGAAUAUUGAAACAUGAUUUAGAUUAUGAAAUGAAGUUGUUUUUUACAGAAAUCAUUUGAGAUUUUUGUAUGUAGAAAGUUGUACUUUAAGUUAUAUUAUAUUAUACAUUGGAUAUUACAUUAAGGUUUUUGUACAAUACUGGAAAUUCAGGGUAAUGAUAUAGACAUAAUUUUUAAUAGUUUACUUAGGAAUUUUUCCCAUCAUUUUGUAAAUUAUGUUUGAACAUUCUGGUCAGUAAAACAUUCACAUGGACAAUUACUAUUUUCUUAAUUUGUGAGAAAGUCUUUUGUAUGUGAUAUCUAAAUGUUGACCUUUCCUGGUUUUGACCUCUCUUUAAAGAAAAUAGAAUCUCAUAUUGAAAGCUUUACCUCAUUAGUUGAAAGAAUGUGACCUACUAAUGAAUGAAUAAUGUGGAAACUUGAGAUAUUUGUCUAUAAUUAGGUACUUCUGAAGCAUUUGUAAAAGUAAAAGUAUAACUUUAAAGAUGUGAUCUAUAGAUGAAAGCCCUAAGCUGUAACUUAUUGAUGAUAAGAUUAUAGUCCUAUAAGGGUGAACUCCAGCAAAAUUAGAACAUUUUUCCUUGUCAUAUGAAUUUAAGAUACUAAUGUAGGGAUAAUAUUGAAAAGAUUUUCUUUCGAAAUAUUAUUGUUUAGAGCCCAAACUCUCCCUUUGCUAGUAGUUUUAGACCAGUCAACCUUUCUGCCUUGACCACAAAGAGUAGAAUAUGAUGACCUAUAAAAGAUAGCAAAUGAAAUGGUGACAAGAAGGAAAAGAAAUACAUUGUAUCCACACUUCAACAAUUUGCCAUCAAUACUGGUUACUGGGUAUACUCUUUAUUGACCUGGAACCAGUUUGCUGCAUAUGACCCUUCUCAUUAGAACUGUUUAAGUAUUAGCUUUAUAGCAUUCAAGUUAAGAUGAUACAUAUAUAGUGUGAUUCAAAAGCAGUAUGGAAGGACUAGAACAUGAUAAGUUGAUACAUAUAAGAAAUUGAAUGUAUUAUACCUAUUUCAAUUAUCACUCAAAAAAUUAGAGUGCUUACUGGUAACUACCAUUUCAUUGCUAUAGAAUUGCCCAAUUAUGAAGUCUUGCCAGGUAUCAUUGUAAAUACUCAAAAACAGCUAGUUAUUUUAAAAUGGAAAGGGAUUUUUUUGUUGCAGGCAAAAUUCAUUAUCUCUAUCUUAGACAUGCAUUUCAUUGAAAAAUUCAAUUUUACACAGAACAGUCCUAUCUGAUAAUGAGUUCAUGCUGUUUAAUCUUGAGAUAAUGAUAUUUGACUGUAACUAGUUUGAGUUAGGAGGUGAUUUCAUCAAACCAUCUUCCUUUGAAAGCCAAAAUGCAAUCACAAAUGCUCAAGGAGUGAUAACAAGUCAUGCAGAAAUCGACAAAAUGUUGUUAUAUUUGUAAUUUGAAUAAAUGUGAUAUUUUCCGCUAACAAUUCCUCAUGUUGUAAAUGACUCUAUUUUCUACUAAGAUUUUUAUGUAAUAUGCAACAAUGAAUUAGCUUGAUUGUGUUAGUAAAAUUUGAACACCUUUAAAUACUUCAUAUAUUUUUUUAUGACCCUAUAACUCAUAUGGUCAAUUGUUGUUACAAAAGUUUUUCGUAUUUUCAUCACAUUUUUGUAAUACAGUUUCAUUUUUCUGAAGAGUUUGUAAGAAACUACUUGACAUUUACAUGUGAGUUAAUUUCAGUAUUUAUUUCUUUAACAAUUUCUGUAUGGAUAAGACUGAAAAAAAUCCAGUGUGAUGUGCUUCAGGUUGUAACAAAAAACAUCAACUUGUUAAAUGAUAUAUUUUUCUAAUUAGGUUGGUAACAGUUAUCUUUUAACGAUUUUUUAAACAAUUUAUUUUACUUUGACUUUGAUAAUUUUUGUAAAAAUAAAAAUGAGGGACAGUUAUACAGAGCUGCAAGAAGUUAUGCUUACUAUAUUUAGGGUAGGGAUAGAUGUUCACUAUAAUAAGGGGUGGGAUAAAUGAAAACUAAUAACAUAAAUAAAAAUAGAAAAAUUGUAAAAUGAAUCAUUUAUCACAUAAAAAUAGAAAUAUCAAAAUGAUUAACCUGUGUGAAUCAUAUUAACUUUUAUUUAUUAGUCCCUACUUUCUAUUUGUCCCACUAAUUCUGAAAGGACACUCUUAGUGUGAAGUAAAGAUACCAUAUAAUUCUCAUAUCUCAUUUACAAAUUUUGUGUAUUCAAAUUUUUGGUAAAUUAAAAGAUCUUUAACACUUACUGCUGCAUAUUCAAUAACUAAUUUUCUCUCUAAAAUAAGAAAUGACAAAUGUUUGAAUAAUUAAGGUAAAAGCUUUAAAGGAAAACAUUUUUAGAAGUAAAGAUAAAUAUUUUUUUUUCUAAAAGGAUUUUUUCCCCAGAUAAUUGAAUUUUUAUACAUGUUUUCUAGCUUUAUUUGUGAAGACCUAGUACCUCAGCUUUGUGCUAAAAAUGUGUCAUGAUUUGUUUUAUUAUAGAUUUAUGAGAAGAGAAAAAUGUCUGGUUUUUAUACCACAAGCUCAUCACCGUGCUGUUUUAUUGUUGUUUGUUGAAAGUGUUAUGUAAAGAUAUAUAUUUUAAAAGAAAUGUUAUUUGUAGUAUGAAAUAUUAGAUGAAAGCAGAAUACGUUUUAAAUGUUUCACAUCUUCUGCAUAUUUAAUCUGUUUAUGCAUAUUUGGAAAAAAACUAGGAAAAAAACUAUUCACAAUUUAAUUAAAUAUCUUUUUAGUUCAUGGACUUAAAAUCUUUGGAGGAAAUCAUACAUAGAUGAACUAUCUUGCACAAUGUUAAUUACGAAAAACAAAUAUUUCAUGUGUUGAAUGCUACUGAAAAAUGUUGAUAACAUAUUUCAUAUGUUACAAUUUCAUAUCAUAACAAAGAAUGAAAGAAUGACAAUCUUAGAAAUCAAACACACCUUCUACAUUACAACCCAGAAAUCAUUCAUAUCAAGUGUUUCUAUGCUGAUAAACCUCUUCCUUUAUUUGUGAUAAAUUUUAGUAUGAAUGAAAUAGUAGAUUUCAUGUUAUUUUUUGGAUGUGUGCAAUAUUUUAGCAGAUUUGAAUAAAAUAUUUAUUUCACA